UUGUGCACAGGCAACAAGGAGGAGAAGGAGGAGGAGGAGAAGGAGAAUGGUGAUUUGGUUGGAGGAAAGGGAGGAGGAGGAGGAGAAAUGGUUGAAGUACUACUCAUCAAUGCAUCAAAUACUUUUAGUAGGGGAAGGAGAUUUCUCAUUUUCACUAUCACUUGCCAUUGCUUUUGGUUCUGGUGUCAACAUAGUGGCUACUUCUCUGGAUAGUGAAGAUCAUGUGGUGGCAAUGUAUGCUAAAGGUGGAUCAAAUUUGAAAACUUUGAAGAUGAUGGGAGCAACACUUCUGCAUGGAAUUGAUGCAACAAAGAUGGGAUUUCACACUGAUUUGAAGAUGAGGAGGUUUGAUCGAAUUGUGUAUAACUUCCCUCAUGCUGGUUUUAAAGGGAAGGAAGAUGAUCCGCGGUUGAUCUGUUUGCAUAUGAAUCUUGUGCAAGGCUUCUUCAAUAAUGCGAAGCGCUUGCUUCGCCAAUAUGGUGAAGUUCAUGUCACCCACAAGACUGAUUUUCCGUACUGUAAGUGGAACAUCAAAGAACUUGCUUCAAGGCAUUCUUUGAUACCCAUAGGAUCUCCCAAAUUCAACAUUGAAGACUAUCCGGGCUACAAUAACAAACGAGGUGAUGGCUCGAGGUGUGACAAGCAAUUUACUUUAGGUGAAUGCUGCACAUUUAUGUUUGUUAUCGGUAAUGUUCACAAGAGGAAGCCUCUUGCAGCGAUAUCAGAUAUGUGUUCUUCUUUCUCUGAAGGAUCCUUACCUGAUAGAAAUGUCCAUCCUCUUGCCCUUUGUUGUCCUCAAAAUGCUUACUUGUCCAGCUUGGAAAGCUUCCCAAGAACACUUCAAAGUUUCUCUGAAAGUAUUGAUCCUUAUCUGAGAUAUAACCUUGGUGGGUAUGUUGCUGAGCCACGAAACCAAUUCAAAGGUGUUCAAGAAACUUAUAGAAAUUGCAGGUCAGAUUGGUUGCAGAGACUGCAGACAGGACUAAUUCAAGAACCAGAAGGUUUGGCACCUUACAUUCCCCAAGCACCACGACCUCGUCCUCUUGGUGCUGGCCGAUUUUAUUUCUCCAGAGAAGUUCAAGAGCCCUUGAAGGAUUUCCAUUUUUUAGCCACUUCCUCUGUAGAUAAUGCCUGUGAGACUAACUCUGGAAGCAGAAGUUUUACCGCCUUUGAAGGAUUUCCAGGCACUCUCUCCGCAGAGAAUGCCUGUGAGACUAACUGGGGAAGCAGAAAUUUUACCGCCUUUAAAGGAUUUCCAGCCACUUUGUCUGCAGAGAAUGCCUAUGAGACUAACUCAGGAAACAGAAGUUUUACCGCCUUUGAUGGAUUUCCAGCCACUUUGUUUGCCCAGAAUGCCUGUGAGACUAACUCAGGAAACAGAAGUUUUACCGCCUUUGAACGAUUUCCAGCCACUUUGUUUGCCCAGAAUGCCUGUGAGACUAACUCAGGAAACAGAAGUUUCACCACCUUUGAACGAUUUCCAGCCACUUUGUUUGCCCAGAAUGCCUGUGAGACUAACUCAGGAAGCAGUUUUUCUGCCUUAUGGGGAGAUUCUGGGAAGAGGCGGGUCUAGGUAUUAGAUGCUCCAACAAAGAUCAGAUCACAAGAGGGAGAUGUAUUUUGAAGCUUUGAAUAGUGCAGCUGUUAUUACCGAGCUAAAUAUGCAAAUGAUGAUUUAAAUCAAUUUUGCUGGAAGAAAUGAGGCACAAUUGGGAGAAAAUCUUCAGGAUCAUAUUGCAAAUCAAUUGUGGUUGUCUAUUCAAAGCAUAAUCAUAUAUGGAGUAGCUCUGUAAUGUAAAUGAGGUAUUAUCCUUUUGUGAGUAACUUUAUCUAUGUUUUGAAAUAGCGCUUGUAAAUAAAUGUUCUGUUUACUUGUUCUAGCCAACGGAGACUUGGUUUUUGGAUAUGGAUGAAGAUCGA